AUGUUAAAUGAUAAUGAAAGUAAAGAUGAUCUUUUUGGAGGCACUGGUACAGACAGCGACGAAGAUUAUGUGCCGGGUAAUAACAAACAUAACCCUAACCUCAAAAGACCACUUUCAACAAGCUCGUCUUCGAAUGAUUCUGAUGAGGAAAUUCAAGGCACUGGAACUGUCCCUAUCAUGUUAGAAAACGUCCGUGUUACAUCCGAAGAUGGAAGUGAUCAAAUACCUGUAAUUCUUGAAAACACGCCUCAACGAGGAAAGAAGCGGCUUGUACGUAGACAAUCAUGGAAAAGAAACAUACAAAAAGCUAGAAGAGCUAAGAGUGAGCCUUAUAUAAACGUUGCAGGUAUUAAUAAACCUGGAGAACAUAUUGGUAGUAACUUCCACUGUAAACUAAAGUGUUUUGAUGAAAUUGGACAAGAAACUGGUGAAACAAUAUUUCGUGAUUUUUGUGAUAUGAAAUCAAAAGAUCUGCAUGAUGCAUAUUUGUAUGGCAAUAUUUUCAAGAUAAAAGUACAGAGAACUAGACCACGUUCGGGUGAUGGAAAUAAAAAAAAAUGCAACAUUUCCUUAUAG